AUGGCAGAAGCGGAGCCACAGGCGUUGACAUAUAUACCAGAGGUGAUAUUGAAGAAAAGGAAGCAUAAGGAAGAAUCAAUUGCUCUUACUAGGAAAAACCAGUUGGAGUUGGGGCAACAUGGUGGGAAGAAGAGGAAAGUGGAGGAUAUUAAAAGGCCCGAACAGUUUGUCAGGGAGUUUAGGGACAAGGAAUUGGAUCUCAUCCGAAUGAAACAGAGGACGAAGAGGGCAAAAUCAGCAUUAACAACACCAAAUUCAAAGCUCCUAUUUGUCAUUCGCAUCCAUGGCAAAAAUGACAUGCAUCCAAAAACUAGGAAGUUCUUAUACAAAUUGAGAUUGACAAGAAUCUUUCACGGUGUCUUCUUGAAGGCCACCCCAGGGGUAUUAGAAUUGUUGCAGAAGGUGGAGCCAUAUGUUACAUAUGGAUAUCCAAAUGUUAAGAAUGUGAGUGAUCUGAUUUACAAGAAGGGCUAUGGAAAGAUAGACAACAAAAGAGUUCCUCUAAUUGAUAAUAACAUUAUCGAACAGGCAUUAGGGAAGUAUGGCAUUCUAUGUCUAGAAGAUAUUAUACAUGAAGUCGCCAAUGCUGGUCCACAUUUCAAGGAGAUCAUUAAUUUUUUGGGGCCAUUUUCACUUAACAAGCCAAAAGAAGGACUGCAAGGGAAGAAGGCAUUAUACAAAGAUGGGGGAGACACUGGCAAUCGUGCGAAUCAGAUUAAUGAUUUAAUCAAUAAGAUGAAUUAG